CGCGUACAGUGGGUGUGACCUGGUAUCAGUCAUACUGCACGUUCCUUGCAGCCAUUGGCAGUUUCAAUUUCGGUUGGAACAUGGGAUCGGUGAACAUCCCCGGUGAUCUGCUCCAGAACUGCGUCACCGGCCGAAAAUACUACGGCGUGUUCCCGUCAUGCUUCUACACCCGAUCACCUGUCGUCUGGGGUCUUGUUGUCGGUACAUUCGGUAUUGGCGCCAUUAUCGGCGCAGUCCUCUCCAACCCGAUCAUCGACAAGAGAGGCUACAAGUUCACGAUGACAUGGUUUGCGUUGCUGAAUGUUGGCGGCGCGCUGCUCCUAUCCCUGGCUACCAAAAUCCCGCAGUUCAUCAUUGGACGUCUUUUGGUUGGUGUGGCGGCAGGUGCUGCCAACAAUGCGCUGGCUGUGUAUGUGUCCGAUAUCUCGACGCCGCGUGGCCGGAAUAUCCUCAGCGGCACGUUGCAAUUUGCAACUAAUUUCGGAAUCAUGGUUGACAAUGCCUGCGCCCUCGGUCUGACACGCCCACCGCGCUGGCGCGUCCUCAUGUCGCUGACAGGCGUCCUAGGCCUGAUCAACUUUGUGUUGUUCCCAUUUGCCCCUGAAUCGCCCAAAUGGCUCAUCAAGCACGACCGCAGGGAUGAGGCUCAUGCGGCGUUGACGCGACUCCGCAAGGGUGCAAAUAUUGAGCAUGAGUUUAACGACAUUAUCGAGUCAGAUCAACUGAACCGCCAGCGCACUACCGAUGUCAACGUCAUGCAGGUCCUGCGCGGCCAGACCCCCGACAACCUCCGCCACCAACUAAUGUGUGUAUCUGCGCUCAUGUUCUUCCAGCAGCUAUGUGGCAUCAAUGCUGUCAUUUUCUACUCGACCCAAAUCAUCAACAAGUCGACCAAGGCAAAUCCGGCAAACAUGCCGACACUAGCACAGAUUCUUGCAUUCCUCAUUUCUGUCGCUGCCUUGGUGUUUACUUUCUUCGGAAUGCUGCUGGCUGCAUUUAUUGGUCGACGAAUCCUGCUUAUAUUCUCGCACCUGACCAUGGCUAUAUUUGCAUCGAUGCUGGUUCUGGGAUCAGUCAAGAACCUCACUGGGCUCGUCGUCGUCAUGGUGUUUCUGUUCAACGCCUUCUUCAACCUAGGCGUCGGACCGAUUCCGUGGGCGGCCGCCUCAGAAAUGACUCCAAUGUAUGCUAUGACUGCCAUGUCGGCCGUCGGUACUGGUAUUGGCUACCUGUUCACAUUUGGAAUCGGUGUGUUCUUCCCUGCGGCAAAUAACUGGUGGAAAAACUACACGUUUUUCUUCUUCAUGGGUUUCAAUCUGGGAGCAGCCCUCUUUGUCUAUCUGUUUGUACCCGAGACCAAGGACCGUCGUAUCGAAGACACAGUCAGACUGCACUCGUGUGGGAUUCACUUUGUGGUGGGCAAGAAGUGGCGGCUCAGCGCAGUAGAGGAGAAGGCUGAUCUGGCGGGGCAAAUGGCAGACGAUGACCUCUUAGAUGCGACUGACUCCAUGGCUUAGAGCUCUACUAGCU